GAUGGGAUGUCCAGAAGCAGAACGGGAUUAGCAAUAAAGAAAAAUAGAGGAGAAGACGAGGACCAGUCGAAACACCAGUGUCCUCGUCCGAAACCAGAAGUACCAGCAGAGGCGCUAGGGUUCGUUUUUCCCUCCACUCGCCGCUCAAACGCAUUCGUUCGCCUCUCCAGGAAAGUAAUCAUUGCCGUCAUGUCUACCAGAUCAGAUUCUGAUAUAGAUGAUGAUUUUCGUGACCUUUACAAAGAGUACACGGGUCCCCCAGGAUCUACUACAGUCAAUGCACAGGAUAGAGCAAAAACGACCAAAAGGCCUCAUUCUGGUUCUGACGAGGAAGAUGAACCUCGUGACCCUAAUACAGUUCCAACUGACUUUACUAGCCGCGAAGCAAAGGUUUGGGAAGCUAAGUCAAAAGCUACUGAGAGGAACUGGAAGAAGAAGAAAGAAGAAGAGAUGAUUUGUAAAAUAUGUGGCGAAUCUGGUCAUUUUACUCAGGGGUGUCCCUCUACUCUAGGAGCCAACCGCAAGUCCCAAGAUUUUUUCCAGAGAGUUCCUGCGAGAGACAGUCGUGUGCAAGCACUAUUUACAGACAGAGUGAUACAGAAGAUUGAGAAGGACACUGGCUGCAAAAUCAAGAUGGAUGAAAAGUUCUUGAUUGUUAGUGGCAAAGACAGAUUAAUCUUGACCAAAGGAAUUGAUGCCGUGCAUGAGAUGAUUAAAGAGGAUGGUGAUCAGAAGGGCUCUUCUAGUUCUCGCAUGUCCAGAUCUAGGUCACCAGCGUGCAGCCCUGUGGGUGAACGGCCAAGGCAGUCUCAAUCCCAGAGGUCUCAUCAUGGUCCACCUAGUGCAACGCACUUCCAACAGAGGUUUAGUAGGCAGGAAAAGGUUGUUGAAGAUCGUGUUCGUGAUGAUCUGAAAAAAAUUUCGAGGGGUUCUCCGCAAGCUUAUGGUAAUGAUAGGGCUAGAGAUCAUUCGAGCCGUUCAAAAUCUCCAGCACGUCCCCCAUACAAAGGCAACUCAUAUAGCUCUUAUGAGGGUCGUAAUCAGAACAUGGGUGCUUAUAGGACUGAUGGUUGGGAUAGUGAGAGAAGGGCAUCAGAUAUGCAAUCUGGAAGUCAGCUUGAAUUGCCUUCCCGUCCACAGACAUUGGAAGAAUUAGAGUUGGAAUAUAAGAGGGAGGCCAUGGAUCUCAUGAGAAUUCGAGAUAAGGAAGAAGAUGAAGAGAAUUAUAAACAUCGUGAGGCUAUACGGGAAAUAAGGGAGAGUUAUUUGAAGAAAGUAGCUAUCUUGAGGGGUAUGCACGCAAAACAGUGGGAAGAAUUUCUCCAGUUUGAUGCCCAAAAGCAUCAGCAACAGGCACGCCAGCAAAUGCCUGGACCUGGUUUUGGCGGUUAUAAGCAGCAAGGUUAUUCUGACUUUGAUGGCUCAGUCAAUCCUCAAUAUGCCGGAGGGGGUAUACCUGUUGAAUCAAGGAAUAUUUAUCCAAAUCAGAUGGAAACUUAUCCUUCGAGGCUUCAAGGUGCCUAUGGUGACUUUCAGCGUCAAAGACAAGGUUAUGGAAAAACUUAUACGCGUUAUUAAUCUUGCUUGCCUGGAAUAUACUGGGGUCUGCAUCCUGGUUGCAUAGGUUUGGGGCGCAAUGGAGCUUUUGUUUAGUAAUGCUUGAUGGUAACAGGACUUUUGAAUGCUUCUGAAUUUUAUGCCAGUGGCGGACGAUAUCUGACAAAGUGUAUUGCCAUAGAAGUACAGCAUGUCAUUUGAUGCAUAUUGAGAGGAGGGUAGGGAUGGAGGUUGGUGGAGCAGCAAAGCAAGUUACAGGUUUCGAGAUGCAGUGUUCAUUGACUGUCAAUUUUUAUUUGUUCAGUGCUGUCUACAAAGUUGAAGGUACUGUCUAAUUUACUUUAAUUUCACUCAGCCAUCAGUUGUCUGUGAAUCUGCUCUAGUGGUGCCAGGCUGUUUGUGGGAAAGUUAUUAUUUGUAUCAAAUGUAAUUAGACUGUUCAGUAAUUACUCUCUGCCCCUCCUGUUUGUGCACUUGGUGCCUCUGUGCGCUGGUCAAAAAAUAAAGGAAAGCUAGGUUUGCCCUUA